AUGUUUCUGUUUUAUUCUAGGGGCGGUGGAGUGAGUGUAAGCGCGAUCACGUCGAACAAGCAUCAUCGAUUCAAGAGCAGGCAGCAGUCUUUCUCUUCUUCUUCUACUGAGCACACUAGUAAUCCUAUAGCUGCCGCGGUGCGUAGGCGUAUGCCGCUGGCGCGCCGCCAAUCGGUGGCGGCCGGCGGCUGCACGGUCAGUGGCGGCGCCUGCCACCAACCGGGCAUCACCCAAGCCUCGGUGCCGAGCUUCUUCCCCCACCACCCGCCCCGCAAACGCAUCCCCAACGCGACCGUCGCGCAGGCGAUCAGCGGCUUCGGCGGCCGGGCGAUGCGAUACUACCGUCUCUGGAUUUACACGUGCAACACGUGCCUACUCGCCGGUGCGCUGGCGUUCGCGGCAGCCGCCGCCAGGACGGUACUCUUCGAUUUCAGGAGGCAGCUGGUGCCGCAAUUGGCGCUCUACCAGCCGUCCUUCUUGUAUGCCUACUUGGCGCUCGUCACGCAAGGAGGAGCACUUCAACUUUUAGGCUGCGUCGCAGCUUUACGUUUGUCAGAAAAGUUAUUGAACGCCUACUGGCUCCUACUACUAGUACUCCUGUUUGGCGACUUGGUAUUAGGAGCGUUUUGGGCGUUCAGAUUCGAAAGAAUCUGCCAGGAGCUGAGACCUGCUCUCAGGCUCAAAUUCGCACAAGAUUACGGAUCGGACGAGGAACUCGAGGCCGAAUCAUCAUGCUGCGGCGUUACAGGUCCCGCAGACUACAACUCCACCUUCGUGCAGCUGCCUCUACCGGCGAGCUGUUGUCUCCGUCCCCCUGAAGGCGGGACAUCGUACGUCAUUAGCCCCACCCCUUCGCUCAAUGGCAACGCCUCCGCGGUGGCAUCAGCUCAGCCUGUCACGUGUGAGCACCACCAGCACGGAUGCGACGACACUAUUCUGGCGUAUCUCAGAGCAACUGCCAGUCUUCUGGCCAUACUGGGGUUCUGCGUGUUAGCCUUCCUCAAGAUGUGCUUCCUAGAGCUGGAACUGCCUAACGCGAACGGGGCGGUGCCUAGCUGCCUGAUACAGCACGCUCCCGCCUCCGGGGGCGGCGGUCUGCUUAGGCACGCAAAUGACAUGAGAGCCGCGGCGGCUGCAGCGGCCGCGGCAGCUGCGAACACGCAGACAAUGUACAGGAAGUCACGACAACAUAUGACUAAAGUAUCGCCUAGAAGGUCUGUUCCAGCGCGGCAAAUGGGCGCGCGUGAAGAAAGGCCCGCUGGCCACCCCUCUGGAAGAUAUCUUCAGGAGGCGGACCCCUCGAUCUGGCUCCACCCCUUCAGCAAGGGGCGGCGCCACAGUUCGGGAGGAGCCCUGCUAACAGCUGGGGGCGGCACAGCGCGGCUAAAAUCAUAGGUGGCGGUUAUACAGUCAGUCGAGGGUAGAUCGAUCGGUUCGCGAGCUCUAGAUAUGUUGUAG